AGUGCUCGGAUACAGGAUGAGGCUUCCGGGCCAUGUGGGAAUUUCUCCUAAUAGUGUCUCUGGUUGAAUCCGUGUGUUGGUGAGGACGUUAGUGCAAGCGUGCAUCCGAGUAGCUUUUUAUAAACGUGGCAAGCAGAAGCCUGGUAGGAGACAAAAAGUCAUUCAAUCUGUGCAGCCUUGAGGACUGAAGAAGCUUUUUCCGUGCCAGUGGAGUUGCUCAGAUUUUGCAGAAAGAGUGAGAAACGGCUACUUUUGCAUCGAUUUCCCAGAAAUUGGUGAGUUUAUCUUCGGUGAAAAAGAAGAAACUGAUGAGAUCUUCACUCGAUUAUCUCUGCUGAGGACCAGGAGCCGUUUCCAGUCAUUCACCCUUCUGUGGAAAAAGGUCUGAACAGCACCAACAAGGCACCUAAGCUGCUCUGUCACACGAACAUUGACACUGAACAGCUGUUGCUUUCACCAUCUCGUCUCAGGAAGAAACUGGACCGCUCAGGAGCUCCACUGCACUACACGGCGAUACUGAAACACUUGUUUGCAUCAAAGCUCCCCGUACUUAGCAACUGAGGAGGAUGAGAGACGGUGUGAUGACCUACCUGUAUUUGACAAGAGUGUUUUUCACCUCGUUGGAGAGAGGAGCACAGAGGGAAAAAAGUCAGCGAGAGGGAACAGGGGAGGGGAAGAGCGAGCCAACGAGGGAAGGUGUGAAGCCAACGCUGUGAAACAGAGAGAUAGUGAAGACGAACAGAGCUGAGAGAGACACAAGGAACUGAGACAACUCUGCCAGACUGAUACACUGCAUCCUUUAACUCCUUCAAAGACCUGCUCAAACGCCCAUUUACCGCUGGAGCAUCGUGUUUCCUCAGAGCCACACAGGGAAAAGUCUUAAUGGAGCCACAAACCGGCGCCUCUCUCUGACCUGUCAACAGUAACCCAGACAGAUAACGACAUGGAUGAUCCUCCAAACAGCACUUUUUCCAACACAUCACAUGCCCAGGCGACUCCGCAAAACGUUUGGGAGAUUAUAGCCAUCGCUACAGUGUCGGCCAUUGUCAGCUUGAUAACUAUUGUUGGUAAUGUGCUGGUGUUGCUGUCCUUCAAAGUCAACAGUCAGCUGAAGACUGUAAACAACUACUACCUGCUGAGUUUGGCUUUCGCUGACCUCAUCAUAGGAGUGUUGUCCAUGAACUUAUACACCACAUACAUCCUGAUGGGUUACUGGUCCUUGGGAAACCUUGCAUGCGAUCUCUGGCUAGCAGUGGAUUAUGUAGCCAGCAAUGCUUCAGUUAUGAACUUACUCGUCAUCAGCUUCGACAGGUACUUCUCCAUCACGCGGCCGCUGACUUACAGGGCUAAAAGGACUCCAAAGAGAGCUGCCAUCAUGAUCGGCCUCGCAUGGCUGGUGUCUUUUGUCCUCUGGGCGCCGCCCAUUCUGUGCUGGCAGUACUUUGUAGGAGAGAGACAUGUGCCUCCUGACCAGUGCGAGAUCCAGUUUUUAACAGAACCUGUGAUCACGUUUGGGACAGCCAUCGCUGCUUUCUACAUCCCCGUAUCCGUUAUGACCAUCCUUUACUGUAGGAUCUACAAGGAGACGCAGAGACGGACCAAAGAUCUGGCAGAGCUUCAAGGGCUCGCAACGGAAAGUGUUCUAGAGGGUACUAAACCUCAAAAAACGAUCAUUCAUUCAUGCUUUCAUUUCACCAGAGAGAGGAGAGACCGGAGUCAGGCCUCCUGGUCCUCAUCUAACCAAAGUAACGCCACUAAAAUGACCACCAGGUCAGAUGAGGCAUGGGCGAAAGCAGAUCAGAUCACUUCCUUUAACAGCUACUCAUCGUCUGAAGAGGAGGAGCAGCAUGUUUCAUUAGAUACCCCACAGGGAUCUUUCAAAGAGCAAGGUAGUGGACAAAGUAAUAAGAACGGGCAGGUGGGUGAAUAUACGGAAAAACUGUACUUUUCCACUCCUAAAAAGAAAAGCAGUAAACGCUUGUCUUAUAAAUUCAAACCUGGCUCGAAGGGUAAAAACGGAAAACCUAAAACUGCCACACCCUGCCUGCCUGAAGCAGAGGAGCCCCCCAAAAGCGCCUCUCCUUCCUCCUCCACCCCCUCCAAGCCCCUUGACGCCGUCCUGAAGAACCAGAUCACCAAGAGGAAGAGGAUGGUGCUCGUGAAGGAGAAGAAGGCGGCGCAGACUCUCAGCGCCAUCCUCCUGGCCUUCAUCCUCACGUGGACGCCGUACAACAUCAUGGUGCUCAUCUCCACUUUCUGUGCCAAGUGCAUCCCCACGUCACUGUGGCAACUGGGCUACUGGCUGUGCUACGUCAACAGCACCAUCAACCCCAUGUGCUACGCCCUCUGCAACAAGACCUUCCAGAAGACCUUCCGCAUGCUCCUGCUGUGCCAGUGGAGGAAGAGGAGGAGGAGAGGCGAGGACAAGCUGUACUGGUGUGGGCAAAACCCAAACGUCAACAAUAAAAUGACUUGAUGUGGAGAACUGCAAUGUUAGAGCAGACUUAGUUGCUUUUGCCCACGUGUGGAUUUUCUCGAUGUAUCCUGUAGUCGGUGGUCAUCUUCAGCAUGAAGUGCUGCAUGUGAUGUUUGUGUUUGAGUACGUGUUGGUGGAAAACGAGCUGAGCCUGAUGCAGCACUUAAACUGCUGCUCCAGAUUAUUACAGAAAAGAAACCUCAUGAAGGUCGCCACUCAUUCUUAGAAAGCUUUAAAAAAGGGUUCAGAUUAUUAUUUAAAGUCUACUUUAUAAAUGUCAGUUGACUGGACUUUGGGAGUACUGCACCAAGUCUGAUAAACUGCCUCAAGUGACGUCACAGUGGCACUUGUCGGUCGGGACUGAAGACUACAAGUUUGAAAAUGAAGACAUCUGGAGGUGUGGAGUUAAGAAGAAGCGAUCUUAUCAGACCUGUAGCUCGAAGCAACGUUAUACACACGAGCAUAACACACCUGGAUCUCCAACCAAACCUGUCGCAGCUGAGUUGUGGGUAAUGUAGACGCCAGGUUUUGACGAAGAAGUGGGGAAAAUAGACGCUAUCUCUGGUUCUGCUGCAUUCAUUUUGAAAACUGUCCAUCAAUGUUAACAAUGCUAAAUCGGUGGAGUGCUCUUUUAACACGACACUCACAUGCAAUGUGUACGUUGAAAGAGUUCAUCAUUCCUGCUUUCCAUACUGCUGGAAAAGCUGUAACAUGAGUCCAAUCUAAGAAUGUUUGCAUGUUAAUAGAUUCUGGAUUUGGAGGAGUAGAUGUAGUUUUUCUGCAGAAAUCGUAUCCGAUACAUUUUAUUUUAAGAGUAUUUUUGUCUUGAGGGAUCUUUGAAGAUCAAUAAGACGAAACACCAACACUUAUAGGGCAAGAAGACCCUCGAUAUCUGUGACCACGGUGCACCUGAUACAUUAUUUAUGUUUAUGAAAUGUGCACGCUGCUACUUCCUACAACAUCUUAAAAGAUCAGCCGACGCUAAUAUGAGGAUAUAUAACAGAACAUAACGUAUCAACAUAACAAAACAUACACAGCAUGUAGAAUAACAUACAUAUGGGGAGUAGCGGGGCUGUUUCUUCGUACAUCUAAUCAUAUAAUCUAUUUUUCCAUCAUUGCACAUCUUCACAUGUGUUCAUAAUACAUUUGAUCCAGUGUUGUUUCGUUGAAGCUGCAACCUUCACUGUUAAUAAGUCCAGUGCUUAUAAAAAGUAUCCACCCAGUUGUAUUGUUUCACAACGUUAAAUCAAAGUAGAAUGUAUAUGUGAGGACAGACCUCUACAAAGAGAUUGAAAUGAACAAUAUAACAUAAAGGGGGAAUUCUUUUGAUGAGCACUAGUUAUCCAUAUUACAACAGGCCUGCAGGUAAUCUCAGGCUGUCCCUUGUGCUGCCACACCUGCACAUGUAAUAAGGCAGUGUUUGCCUUUGCUGGACGAAUCAUUACGUUUAACACUGAUGACAGGUAAUCAAUUACAUCCUUCAAGAAUGUCUUCGAUUCAAGGCGAAGCCAUGUCAUGUGCACGUGUGUCGGUUUCACCACAGCCAUGCAGCGACAUGCUGUUAAAAACGAGUUGAGUUAUCUCAUACCCUCUCACCAUGUUGUACUAAAAACACCACAAGGAGGAUUUAAUCCCCAUCUCUUGUAUCGUGGUCACAUUAUGAAGGCUGAGGAAUCACUUCAGGGCUAACGUGGACAGGAGGAAUGAUUACAGGAACUUGUAACAACAUACUUUUAGCGUACAUACCGUGUGAGUAAAAACUCUGACCUCAUAUAAUCCUCCUUUAUUCUAUCGCCCACCUGCACUGUAUAUAAACAUAUUGUAGGCUUACACAUUUCAAAGUCAUUUAUAGUAUAAAUAAUAUAAAUUGCUUAGGUAUAUCAGUGUUUAGUGAACGUUUUUGUUUUUCUAUCUUGGCUUUUGCAAUCGAUAUUUGAUCUUGUGUUCGAGGGCUAAUCUGUGCAUUUCCAGCUGCAUUAGUGAGAUUGUUUAUGGGUCACAUCUCUUUUCAUGUCAAUAUUCAGAUUACUGUAAAAGAAAUAAAAAAUAACUUGGACACAAGGUAUUUAAACACAAUGAAGCCUGACGACCACCACGUCUAAUAGAUGAGUGACGCUGUUGUAAAUUCUUGCACUUCUAUUGUCUUUUAACGCUGUAAUGUCAGAUGUUAUCUCCCUGAACUCCAUGGCUUGUGUUCCGCUCACAGGCAAAAGAAAUUUGUGAAUGAAUCUGUGCUCAUUGCCCGUGUGUGCAGCCUGUGUGUACUGAUAUGAACAGUGAAAUACAAACUCAAAAGGAAGAAUUAUACUUUUGUCAGCAUGAACAUUCAACAUCAAAUGUGUGGAAUCUGGGUUUGUACUUGUAAUUAUUUUUUUUAUUUUUUAUUAAAUGAUGCCGAUCAUUACCCGCUCCAA